AUGGACCUAAGGGUCAUGGGUUUCGACCCCGCCGUCGUGGACACUCUCCAUGAGCUCCUGGACUUCACCGACGAGACAGACAAGUCGUCCCACCACGCGCCAUCCCGCACCUACGUCCGUGACGCCAAGGCCAUGACCGCCACUCCGGCGGACGUGAAGGAAUACCCGGACUCCUAUGUUUUCGUCGUUGAUAUGCCAGGGCUGAAGUCGGACCAAAUCAAGGUCCACGUGGAGGACGACAACAUGCUGGUUGUGAGUGGUGAGAGGAGGAGAGAGAAAGAGAAGGACCAAGGCGUCAGGUACAUAAAAAUGGAGAGGAGGCUCGGGAAGUACUUGAAGAAGUUUGUGUUGCCGGAGAAUACCGAUCACGAGAAGAUAUCGGCGGUGUAUCAGGACGGGGUGUUGACGGUGACGGCCGGGAAGAAGCCGCCACCGGAGCCGAAGAAGCCGAAGACCAUUGAGGUCCAAGUUUCCUAAAAGGAGCAUGCAUGUGCGUUGUUGGUGUACGUACGUUGUCCCUUGUUUGUAAGUGUGUGGGGUAUAUAUCCCUAUGUUUGUGUUUGCGUAAGGGGGAGUUUCCCUCCCUUUGCUCGGCUCUUUUGGCAUUUUGUUU